AUGCGUCAGGCAUGCCGCCAGCUUGCGCUGGUGCCGCCGCCGAUCUCCAAGCACGUGAAAGUGGGCAGUGUGACAAUCCAGCCACGACCUAAAAUUUGGUUUCAGGUAGAGUACGAUAAGGACAAGUGUGUGUGUGUGUACGCGUGCCUUCAUGAGGAUCCUGGUGAGAUGAAUAAGCCGCCGCAGCCUCUAACGGGUCCCCCCCCCUCUGCUCUCCCACACCCCCCUGCACCCUCCCCCGGCCUCCCGCAGCCUGGCUUCCCACCUCAGCAGCCGUCUGUUGUGUUUGCCACACCCCCUCCAAUGAACCCUGCACAGCAGCCUCCCCGACCGUGGUGGUGUCAGUCCCCUGCCUCCGCUCCUCGGCCAAUCCCAGCUCCGCAUGGGACACACCCCGCCCAUGUCUACCAACCAGGCUCCCACUCUCAGGUCAUGAUGAUUCCUCAGCAGCCAAUCCCAUUUGCCAACUCCCAAGCCCCCGCCUACUUUAUACCUGGACAGUACCGCGCACCCUAUGUCACACCGCAGCAGUACCAGGUCACAGGAUCCCCUGGGUUCUACCCCGGAACCAGCCCAGGAGAUUACGCUGGUCCGUACUAUCCGGCUCAGCCCCAGUUUACUCCCCCUGUUCAGCCUGCUGCCCCUGUGCUCAUAAGCCCCGCCCCCCAGCAACAGGCUCCUCCCCAACAACAGCAGCAAGCUCAACCCAAACGGGAACGCAAACAGAUACGUAUCAGAGACCCUAACCAGGGUGGAAGAGACAUCACAGAAGAGAUUAUGUCAGGUGGUAGAUCCGCCUUGACCCCAACUCCCCCACAGUCUGCCAUGUCAGUCCCAGAGGGGGGAGCUGGUCCCCAUGCCAACGGUGAGAACGCCUCACCUGCUGCUAUGGCACCCAAAACAGAUUCCAAAGGGAAGGCUCUGCCCCCUCAGGCCAUGCCCCUCUCACAGGAAGUGCCCAUCCCCCCCGGGGAGGACCUGCUUUCAGACGCGCCCCCGACGCCUCCCCCAACCAGCCCCAUUAGCGACACGGUGGAUGCACCUCCCCCUCCCGCCCUGCUCCUCAAGAAGAAGCCUCCGGAACCGCCCUCGGCUCCGCCUCCAGGUGUGACGAAAGCGGCGCUUGCCGUGGCGUCGGUGUCCCAGCCGCUGGAGUCUCCGAUCGCGCAGCCAGAGGAACUGCAGCUGUACAACGGCCUGGCACCAGGGGGCGCCGUGCACGUCAGCCCCAUCGCCGAGCCAGACACGCAGAGAGAGGCCCCACUGCCCUCCGCUGAUGCCCCCCCGCACACCCCCUCUGCCAAGGAGACGCCCGCACCAACCCCCAAAGAUGCUCCGCUUCUCCGAGCCAAGGACACACCUGCUGCUGUGGCGGUGGAAACACCUGCAUCUGUCGUGAAGGACACACCUGCCUGUGUCAUCAAGGAGACAUCUCCACCUCUCGUCAAGGAGACGCCUGCACCAAUUGUCAUGGAAGUGUCUGUUCCCUUUGUCAAGGAAACACCUUCAGCUGUUGCCAAGGAGAGGUCUGAACCUGUUGUCAAGGAGACACCUGCAGCAGUUACCAAGGAGACGCCUGCAACAGUGGUCAAGGAGACGCCUGCAGCAGUGGUCAAGGAGACGCCUGCAGCAGUGGUCAAGGAGACGCCUGCAGCAGUGGUCAAGGAAACGCCUGCAGCAGUGGCCAAGGAGACGCCUGCAGCCGUGGUCAAGGGGACGCCUGCAACACUUGCCAAGGAGACGCCUGAAACAGUUGCCAAGGAGACGCCUGCAGCUGUGGUCAAGGAGAGUUGUGAGCCUGUUGCCACGGCUCCAGUUGCAGAUGCUAAGAUGGCUGCCACUCCUGUUGUAAUGGAGAGGGCCAGUAAGGCUGACCCUGGUGCAUGUCCUGCACUAGCCCCUGGACCAAUCUCUGAGCCAGUCGCCCAGGCAACUGUUGCCGAGGCCAAUCCUCGUCCCAUUGUCAAAGACACACCUCAGACUGUUGCCACAAAAAGCCAAUCAGAUGUCACUGCCAAGGCAACGCCUGUUACUACUGGCCUCCCCGAGGAGAGGGACGAUGCACCCCCCCCACAAGCCCCUGCUCCAGAAAGCACUAUGCAAGCUGCUAUCUCUGUGCCAAAGAAGAAGAGGAAGAUGAAGGACCUAAACAAAAAGGAGGCGGUGGGAGACCUUCUUGACGCCUUUAAAGAGACCGUGCCGACACCCCCUGAACCGGAGAAGACCACGCCCAUAGUCCCACCCCCUAAGGAAGAGGCCACACCCACAGUCACGCCCGCUGAGGAACUUGACGAGACGUGGGAGGAGAAAGAGGACAAGCUCGAUGCAGCGAACAGCCAACCACAACGUCCCCCUCUGGCCACACCCCCCGAGAACAGCCAACCACCACGCUCCUCCCCGGCCACACUCCCCGAGGACAGCCAACCACAAAUCCCCUCUCUGGCCACACCCCCCGAGGACAGCCAACCACUGAACUCCUCCCCGGCCACACCCCCUGAGAACAACCAAUCAAAGCGCUCGUCGCCGGCCACGCCCACUGAACAGAUAUAUCAGUACAAAGAGGAGGAAUGGAAGCCUGUGGACCUGGAGGCUAAGAAGAGCUAUGACCGAGAGUUCCUGCUUGGCUUCCAGUUCAGUAGCGCCUGUAUGCACAAACCAGAGGGCCUGCCACACAUCAGCGACGUGGUGCUGGACAAGGCUAAUAAGACUCCUGUGUGUGUGAGCCAAAGCGCCAGCCGGGGGCGGACGGGUGGCAGUGGCGGCAGCGACGCCCAGACGGAGGAGCUGUUCCGGCGCGUCCGCAGCGUGCUCAACAAGCUGACCCCACAGAUGUUCCAGCCGCUCAUGAAGCAGGUCACGGAGAUGGUCAUCGACACCGAGCCCCGCCUGAAGGGCGUCAUCGACCUCGUGUUCGAGAAGGCCAUCUCCGAGCCCAACUUCAGUGUCGCCUACGCCAACAUGUGCCGCUGCCUCAUGGGGCUGAAAGUGCCUAUGGCGGAUAAGCCUAAUGUGACGGUGAACUUCCGCAAGCUUCUGCUGAACCGCUGUCAGAAGGAGUUUGAGAAGGACCAGGACGACGACGAGAUCUUCGAGAGGAAGCAGAAAGAGUUGGAGGCUGCCACAGAGGAGGAGGUACAUGUAGCGCCUGGAGGACUGAAAGAUACUGGCGGGCCCAUCAUACCUGACUGCGUGGUCAAGCUGCUCAAGCACCACGACGAGGAGAGCCUGGAGUGCCUCUGCCGCCUGCUGUCCACCAUCGGCAAGGACCUCGACUUCCACAAGGCCAAGCCACGGAUGGAUCAGUACUUCCACCAGAUGGAGAAGAUCAUUAAGGAGAGGAAGACCUCCUCAAGAAUCCGCUUCAUGCUGCAGGAUGUGCUUCUGGACCAACCUCAGUCCGGUUGGGUGCCUCGGCGUGGUGACCAGGGUCCGAAGACCAUCGAGCAGAUCCAUAAAGAUGCGGAGUUGGAGGAGGCGGGGAGGUGAGGUCAGCAGCUGCUGUCAGAAGGGCGGCGAGGGUCAGAGAGCCAGCGGGGGCCACACCUACUGGCUGGGGGCAGCCGAUCCGUAACAAGCCAGGCGAGGAGCUGGAACACUGUGCCCAUCUCCACCAAGAACCGCUCCAUCGACCCCACGCGCCUCACCAAGAUAACCAAGCCCGGAGCGCUGGACUUGAAUACCACACUUCUGGCCCCAGGGGGUAAAGGAAUGUGGGGCAGCUGGGGCAAAGGAAGCAGCGGAGGGACUGGAACCAAGCCCAGCGACGCCGCUCAGGACUCUGCUCGUACCAGUACUCUGAAUCGUUUCUCAGCGCUGCAGCAGCCUUCGUCCUCAGCACCGGAACCCGACAGGAGAGCCCCACAGAGGAACAGUUCCAGUCGGGAGGCGGGAGGUCAGCUUAUAUUGAUGACUGUUAUUGAUGAUGAUGAUGACAUACCCCACUCCCCUGCCCCACCUAAAACUAAACCAGCUCUGAGUGAAGAGGAGAUGGAGAAGAAAUCCAGCGCCAUUAUCGAGGAGUACCUCCACAUCAACGACCUGAAGGAGGCUCUGCAGUGUGUGUCUGAGCUGCAGUGUCCGUCCCUGCUGGGCUUGUUUGUGCGCGUGGGCAUCGAGGCGACUCUGGAGAGAAGCUCCAUGGCCCGGGAACACAUGGGUAUGCUGCUCCAGCAGCUCAUCAAAGCAGGAACGCUCAGCACACAACAGUACUACAAGGGUCUCUAUGAGAUCCUGGAGGUGGCUGAGGACAUGGCCAUUGACAUUCCCCACAUCUGGCUCUACCUGGCUGAGAUCAUUGCUCCCAUGCUCCAGGAGGGAGGCAUCCCCAUGGGCACGCUCUUCAGGGAGGUGGCCAAGCCGCUGCAGCCUAUGGCAAAAGCAGGAGUGUUGCUGGCUGAGAUCCUCAACCUGCUCUCCAAAGGAAUGAGUCAUAAAAAGAUUGCAUCUAUGUGGCUGGAGGCGGGGCUUAACUGGAGGGACUUCCUGCCGGAGGACGAAGACGUCAACAAGUUUGUGACUGAAAAGACGGUAGAGUACACCGUGGGCUCAGAGACGGAGAAGGGAGCGGAGCUGCGCAGUCCUCAACAGCUGAGAGAGGAGCUAGAGCGCCUCCUGCAGGACAAACCAGACAACCAGCGCAUCUACGACUGGGUGGAGGCGAACCUGGAUGAGAAGCAGGUGGUGUCCAGUGCGUUUGUGAGAGCAUUGAUGAUCGCCGUUUGUCAGGCUGCAGUCAUCUGUGAGAAGCCUUAUAAGGUGGACGUGGAGCAGAUUACCCAGAGGGCCGUGCUGUUGCAGCGCUACCUGAAAGGUGAGGAGAAGGAGCUGCAGGCCCUCUACGCCCUCCAGAGCCUGAUGGUGCAACUGGAACAACCGCCCAACCUGCUGCGGAUGUUCUUUGACGUUCUGUACGACGAGGACGUGAUCCGGGAGGAGGCGUUCUACCGCUGGGAGUCGAGUAAGGACCCGGCGGAGCAGGUGGGCAAAGGCGUGGCCCUCAAGUCCGUCACCGCAUUCUUCACCUGGCUACGGGAGGCCGAGGACGAAUCAGACAACAGCUAGAGACAGGCCCGCCCGGUGCUGUGGGCGCCCG